AUGAAAUUGUUUUCACGAAGUCUGCUAAAUGAAUUGCAGAGCCUGAUAACAGGAUUGAUUUGCAACAAACCAGAAGAUCCGAUUGAAUUCUUAGAAAGUUCUCUCAGUAAAGUACGGCAAAACCCGAGUUUCGAAUACAAAUGGGAUUCAUUUGUUGACAAGAAGGUGCUUCAAGAAUAUGAUCAACCGUCCGUCACGUCUGGUCUGACAGUUUCACCGACUGAAAAACCGAAGAAAAAAGCGAAGUCAAGGACACCAGGUAUCAAAAAACAAGCCACAAGAGUUAGUCCCAAUAGAUCUGUCGUCUCUUCUACGGUUACUACCAACAACAAAUCUUCGUUUCGGCCUCCAUCCGUUAUGCAAACUGCAGAAGCGGCAUCAAUACCGGAUGUGCCAAUCGUUUUAUUCAUGGGAGGUCCAGGAGGUGGCAAAACACGACAUGCAGCGCGAGUGCAGGAAGCGUUAAGCAAAUUCGGCCUUGUGCAUAUCUGUAUGCCCGAUAUGAUCCGAGUAGCGAUCGCGAAAUAUCAGAACAGUAAUUUAGAAUGGAAGGAAGCAGCACAACGGUAUCAGCGAGGUGAACUGAUACCCAAUAAUUUAGCGCUUGGACUCGUGAAAGCUGAAAUGAGUAGGCAUCAGGGGGCAAAAGCCUUCUUCCUUGAAGGAUUUCCACGUGAAGCACGCCAGGUUGAGAGUUUCGAACGUGAGGUAAAACCUGUAAACAUGGCAAUGAUUCUGGAUUAUGAUGAAAUUACGCUGCGACAUCACAUGGAAAGUCGUGGAUUAGAUGCAGAAAUUAUUGAUGCCAAAAUUCGUGAAUUCAAGCUGAAAACUUUGCCAAGUGCCAAAUAUUUCGAUGAUCAACGAUUAUUACAUCUGAUACCUGGAGAACAGACCGAUCAAUGGAUUUUUGAACGUAUGAAAUUGCUAAUUCAGCGAGCGAUGGAACUUGGUGUACCAGUUACAACCUCAAAAGUGGCUUCAAGAGCGGAAUCGCCACUGCAACGACCUGAUGCGGUUGCUACUGUGGCAGAAGCUGUGGCAAUUGUGGAAGCUGCAGUAGCCACUGCGCAAACAUCCGAAAAUCGAUCACGUUCCCCAACAAAAGUCGAAGUAGAAGAGAAUGAAACGAAAGCAGAUCCAAUAUUAAGCAGUGCUACAGGAACGGAAGGUGAACCUGCUACAUUAGUUUUAAACUCCCCGGUAACAGCAAGGGAUGUAAUAAACACGACAACGUCAGCAUCUGAAAAGGCUACAUCAAAGACGAUAUCUGAAAAAGAUAAACCAUUAACAGCCUCAAAACGUCAAAUUUCACGCAAAGGAAAUGCGACUAAUGAAUCAAAACUCGCAGAAGUGAGAACUGAUUCCGCGAUAACAAACACCGAAGUACGCGAGAGAUCACAGAUAUCAGGAAUUACAAGUGAAAGCAUUACACAGCCAGCACUAGUAACGCCAGUUUCAACAAAUAAUGCACCAAAUGUGGAAGGGUCAUCGCAAUCAUCGAGACAAUCGACCAAAUCAUAUACUAAGAGGACACUAAGCAAAAUCAGCAGGACAGUUUCACAAACUUCAAAAUCAUCCGAAACUUCACGUCGAUCUGCACACAGCGUCAAAAGUGAAAGUCAGUCAGCACAGAGUAUCAAAAGUGAGAUCAUUUCAGCUCAGCUAAUUGGCGGACCAUCGCCCGAUUCAAAAUCAAACGUUUCCGCAGUGGAUAAUCGUUUUUCGCCAGGUCUACCCAAUAACGCAUCAGCCAUCGUUAUUGUUGGACCUCCAGGAUCUAAUAAAGCGGAAAUUUCAAAGCGUAUAGCUGUGCGAUACGACGGUUUCAUGUAUCUUAGUAUGGGUGAUUUACUUAGGAAAGAGGUACAAGCAAAUGCGGAUGAUCAAUUGUGGCAAAGAAUUGGGAAGAAAAUGGAUGCUGGUGAAGCGGUGCCUACGAAAAUCUGUCGUGAAUUGCUUUACUCAAAAAUUUACGAUGAGGAUAAUAUUAGUAGCGGUUAUAUUAUAGAAGGUUAUCCACGGACAAAAAAUCAAGCUAUCGAUUUUGAAAAUCAGAUUGAUCGACUUGUUUCGGUGAUUUUAAUCGACUGCACUGAAGAUUUUUGCAUUGAAACUAUUAAGAAACGCAACAAAGAGGGGAUAUUAGUUAGAACAGAUGACAAUCCAGAAGUAAUAAAUGCUCGACUACAGAUGUUUAAGCAAAAUACGCUACCGAUGUUGAAGUAUUUUGAUGACAAAGGGAAGCUUAAAGUGGUCGAUGGCGAUAAUAACUUAGAGAAGAUUUUUGAGGAAAUUGUUGAAGAACUCGAUAGCACUAUUCUCGCUAAAGAUCCAGAAUGCGGGGGAAGCCAGUCAUUAUCGGAAGAAUCACAAAAGAAAAUUGCGGGACAAUAA